AGGAGGCGGCUGGGGCGGCGGCGGUGGAAAGAACGACUUGGGCAAAAUGGGCGGCCAAGCUCUCCCCUGGGAAUACGACCCAGAGCUCGAAGGAAAACUAAACACCAAGCCGAGCGAAAAGUUUCCCCCAAUCCAACCACCAAUCGCCGAACCACCUUCGCACCACGAACGCCAAUUAGUAUCCCACUACCGCACCCUCCGCGCAAGAAUCCACGACGGCCCAUUCUACGCAAUCCUCGACUCCUCUGCUCGCGUACACAAAUCCGGAAGAAAGAGUCCGCCGACCGCGCAUUAUGAUCCAUUCGAAUCGAUGCCGACGUACUCGCAACGCUACACGAAAAAGAAGAAUACACUGCCAAAACUGUCUUCGAGACCAUUUGUGAAAUCAUUCUUUCCGGAAGAAUUGUGGGCGAUUGUCGAGCCG